AUGCGCAAGGAGCUUUGCGCAUGGCGCGCACCGAAGACUCUAUCGUCGGCCUCGCGCCCACCGAUAUCAAGUGUCUAUGGCCGCUCACUACGCCAGCAGACGGGAGCUCGCUUUGUUGGGCACUUCGACCGGCUCUUCACAGUUCUCGUAUCGGACGCCGACGAUGUCAACUCGUCUCCGCUUAUCAGCUACGGCGACGCUCAAGACCCCGCGUCCAUCCUCUCAGCCUUCCACCCGCCGGUCCCUUCAGCCUUCCGCCCGCCCGUCGCUUCAGUCUUCUGCCGUGAGUCUGUCUAG